AUGGCAGAAAACCUUAGGAAACUGGUCUCCAACGAAUCCUUACGAACGAUGCACGACAACCUAGAGCGCUGGCUUAGGGACUACAACACAAAUUCGUGUGAUCAAAAUCUAAGUCUUUGCCUUGAAUUCAUCGAACAAGUUGCCAAGCUGCAGGGACAACUCUUUGGAAUCCUCACUACAACAGCCCAAGAAGGAGGACAUUAUGAUGGUGUGCAAGUCAUCAAAUCACGCCUUUUGCCUUGGCUGGAGGCCUCCUUUACUGCUGCUUCCCUGGGAAAACCUGUUGACAGCAAGGUCCCCUCUCUACAGGACACAUUUGAAAAGGAGAGACAGAAGGAGUCUAGUAUGCGGGACAUGCAAUUAGAUGCGGAGCUGAAUUCAACUCGCAAUCAACUCAACCAGGUUCAAGACGAUCUGCCUGAAACUGCAAAGACUCUUGAAGCAACCAAGAACAGAUCGGCCAUAUCCCUUUUGGCUGCAGAGGAGGAAAUAAAUCAGCUAAGAAAGCAGCUUAAAUCUCUUCAAGCCCAGGAGGAGUCCCGCCACAGAAACUCAGUUCACAGAAACUCUGUGCGUAGGAGCACAGAGCAGCGCAGUUCAGAGUCUAGAAGCUCGGAGCCCAGGACCUCGGAGCCCAGGACCUCGGAGCCCAGGCGAUCAGAUCACCGCAACUCUGAGAAACGCUUUGUCUCCGUCAAGAUCGGCUCAGACAGGUGUGACUCAGAUGUGAUAUCUGAUUAUGAGAAACAGCUCCAAACACUGAAGGACGAGAUCGCUGUUCUGUGCGCUGAAAGAUCUGCUCUUCAAGGAAGGUCCACCAGGAGCCAGUCUCCUAGCCCUGCCCCUCGCAGCCCCAGCCGCAGCCGCAGCCGCACCCGCAGCCCCUCCAACGCAAUGGUGAAGAUCAGGACGCCGUCCCCGAACCGCGCCAAAUUGUCCAGCGCGGCACGCAAGGCUGCCCUCCUGUCCCGGUUCGGCGAUGCCUAUUCCCAGGCCCGCCUGGAUGCGCAGUGCUUGCUGCGGCAAUGCAUGGACAACGCCGAGUCCGUGCAGCGGAUCAUCUACAUCGCCACAGUGGAAGCAUUCCAUGUAGCUAAAAUGGCAUUCAGACAUUUCAAGAUCCGUGUAAGGAAAUCUUUGACACCGUCUUAUGUGGGGUCGAAUGACUUUGAGGAUGCCGUCUCGGAUUAUAUCAUUUGUCAUCUUGAUCUGUAUGAUUCCCAAAGCAGUGUCAACGAUGUGAUUCGAGCCAUGAAUGUCAAUCCUAAGAUUUCAUUCCCUCCGGAAGUUGAUUUUUGCCUCCUCAGUAACUUCAUCCAGGAGAUCUGUUGCAUUGCCUUUGCAAUGCAGACUUUAGAGCCACCUCUAGAUAUUGCAUUUGGGGCUGAUGGAGAAAUUUUUAAUGAUUGCAAGUACCGUCGCAGCUAUGAUUCCGAUUUCACUGCACCCUUGGUCUUCUAUCACGUGUGGCCUGCCCUCAUGGAGAAUGACAUUGUCCUUAUGAAGGGAGAAGCUGUCACCAAGAGAGGGGCUUUUUGGAAUUCGGUGCGACCUGUAAGCCGAAGUCGAAGCAGGAGUUUAAGUCCUAUCUGUCCCCGUAGCCAUAUUGGUUUAAGCAUGCUGUCUCGAAGCCGGAGCCCUUCUCCAAUAAGAUGUGCAUUGCCAAGGUUUUGAAACCACCAGACAUGCUCCUUUGCCACAGUACAUCUGCAACAGCC